UUACAAAAAAACAUAAAAAUACAAAAAACACAAAAUAACAACAAAAUUUAUAAAAACGUUUAAAACUGUAAAUAAAAAUCGCACACACCAGCAACAUGUCAACGAGCAACGAUAUAGUCAACGCUGAGGCGGCACCAGCCAGCGCGUUGCCAAUGUCGCAAAUGCCCGCUGCACCGACGCCAGCAAACGAUCAGUAUCUGCCAGCCACACAUCCAUAUUUUCAUCAUUGCAAGCAGCAGCAACAACAACAACAGCAAAAGCAGCAACAAUUGCUGCUACAACAUCAACAGCAAUCAACGCAGCAAUCACAACGUUGUGUUAUGCGCAUACCAAUGCAGCAACACAUGACCACAGCACAACAACAACAACUAUCGCUGCAACAACAGCAGCAGCAGCCAACCUACGCGGCACCAAAGCCACAACAAUAUCAAUACCACAACAACAGCGCAAGUAUGCAUGCGAACCACGUUGGCAACCAUGUAAAUGCCGGUGGCAAUAUGCCGUUAUACAGUGCCGGCAGCAGCAGCAUUGGCGUUGCUGGCGCUGAGCUGAGCAAAAGCGGCGGACCGACAGUUACAUUCGACGAAUUCACCGAAUUCUACUGGCCACACGACAGCAAGCAACAGCAGCAACAUCAAGCACAACAAAAACAGCAGCAACAACAACAACACCAACAGCACGCAACACCGCACAAUAAUUGCAAUAAUAUUGAUAUUGGCGGUGUAGAUGUCGGCAUAAGUGCCGUGGCGCUCAACGAAGCCAGCAUCGCCGCCGCCGCUAAUGUCAGCACCUCAAGCACUGGUGGUCGCACCUUCAUCACGCCCGCCGACAUACCGCCGCCACCGCCACAUCCGCCCAACAUGACGGCACGCAAACGGCACCUUGGCGUCAGCAAGAGUGUUGAGGAGCGUUCAACGCGCGAUGCUGGACGCUGUCAAUGCGAACAUCCGAUUGAGUUUGUGGCACAGCAGCAACAACAACAAUUGCAACCAGCACAGCUGCCACAAGUGAGCUUGCAACAGCAACAGGCUCAUCAGUCAUACGGCAGUCAUCACAGUGUUUACCUGCCAACGCAGCAGCAAUCUCUACAACAACUACAGCAACAGCAAACACAGCCAACAUAUCGCCCACACACGCUGAACCAGUGUGCACACAAUAGUGAUUACAAUCACUUGCCGCCGCCGCCGCCUGCCACACUGACACGUGCCGAUUCGCAUCGCAGCCAUCACAACCUGAUGGCCGUCGCCAGUUCUUCGUACUACAAAAAUCGCUUCUUCGAUGAUGCGCCACUGCCACCGCCCUCGCAUCUCUCCACGUCAUCGCUCUCCUCUAAGACUACUUUCGAGACGCGUCAACUGAAGAAUCUGGGCUACUCUCCGAUGAAAAUACGCAAAUUGCGCAUCAUACUUGGCACCAUCGCGGCGCUCGUCAUUAUCGCCCUACUCGCUGUGGCUUUAACGUUCAUCAUCAAAGCUGGGGAUGAUGAUGAUGUGACACCACAGGAAAAUGAUAAUGGCCUACAUUUGGAUGAGGUCAUUACGGGGGCAUUAUCAGCGCAUCGCUUCAAUGGUACAUGGACGCCGCAAUCGCGUAUACUCUUCCGAGAAAACAAUAAUCCACUUCAAUUGCAGUCGAUUGUCGAGUACGAUGUGAAGACGAAAAAGAAACGAGUGCUGCUGUAUGAUGAGCACCGUCAGUACUCGCUCUUUGAGAUGUCCGCCGAUCGUGAGCUGCUAUUGUUGGCCAAAAAUUUGUCCAAAUACUUCCGUCACAGCUUCUUUGCGCAGUACGACAUUUACAACAUCACAUCCGGUCAAAUACUGCCGCUGAUGAUCAAUGGCGUGCAACAGCUGUUGCUCUUUGCGCAGUGGGCGCCCGUCGGCAACGGGCUGAUUAUCAAUUUCGAACGUAAUCUUUACUAUAAGCCAACGGCCUAUGCGGAAGCAAUUCCGCUGACAAGUGACGAGAGUAUCGCCAUCUUGAAUGGCAUACCCGAUUGGGUGUAUGAAGAGGAGGUGUUUAGCACAAACAUCGCCACCUGGUUCAAUCCGACUGGCACACAUAUCGCAUUCAUCAAAUUCGACGACUCACCAACACACGCCAUCAAUUUGCCCAUCUACGGUGAGGCGAACGAACCACGCUUUCAAUAUCCACUCACCAAAUUUAUACCGUAUCCGAAGGCGGGCUCCUCGAAUCCGCGUGUCAGUCUCUAUACGGCCGAUUUGGCGCGCGCGGCUAAAGGUUUAGAGUUUCUCACGCAGAUUCCGGUGCCCAGCUCGCUAAACACCGAGACCGACUAUAUCAUCUCAGCGGUCGAAUGGUUAGAUAGUGAACGUGUACUCUCCGUAUGGAUGAAUCGCAUACAAAAUCUGGCAUAUCUGCAGGUGUUUGAUGGUGUGCGUCGACUAGAGAUCUAUAAUAUUGAGUCGAAGACUGGUUGGGUGAAUUUGUUUACGCCACCCUUCAAGAACCGCGACGGUUCACGCAUAGCCUUAGUACUGCCACAGCUACAGGACGAUCAGACUUACUAUCGUCAAAUCUGCACACUUUCGACGAAAACGGCAGGUGGCGCUGUAGAAACACUAACAAAAGGUAAGUUUGUUGUGGAAGGUAUACUACAUUGGGAUGCGGCUAGCGAUGUCAUAUUCUAUAUGGCUAAUACCGAGCAACAAUCCCAAGUGGCGCAUGUGUAUGCGAUCAAAGCAGAGACGGGACGUACACCACAGUGCCUCACAUGUGGGCUGCAUGUAUCGGGCGACGUGCAGCAAACAUACUAUGAGGUUUCGUUCAGUCACGAACGCCAAAUUGUGAUCACUUCGGAUGGUCCCGGCAUACCGAUGACUGUGUUAUAUGAAUGGAACUGGGAAAAUGAUCAAGUGGUGCUUAAGAAGGUCAUUGAUUGGGAAUUGAAUACCGAACUACGUGCGAAACUGAAACUGAAAGCUAUGCCCACCUAUGAAAUACAUACCUUCCCUAUAGCGGGAAACUUUACUGCCAAAGUGUUGCUACAAUUGCCACCCAAUCUCGAUCGUAGUGGCAACACUAAAUAUCCACUACUAGUGGACGUCUAUGGUGGACCCGACUCUACCUCGGUGCUUGAUCGUUGGAUGAUUGACUGGGGCACCUACCUCUCAUCAAACCAGUCUGUGAUUUAUGCCAAGAUUGAUGGACGCGGUUCCGGCUCACGUGGUGAUAAACUAUUGCAUUCGGUGUAUUUAAAAUUGGGCACUGUAGAGAUCACCGAUCAAGUUGAUGUAACCAGACAACUGCAGCAGAAAUUUUCAUUUAUCGAUGCCAAUCACACAGGCAUCUGGGGUUGGAGUUAUGGCGGCUAUGCGGCCGCCAUGGCUCUGGCCAAUGACGAAAGUCAAGUGUUCCGUUGUGCCGCUUCUGUGGCACCAGUAACCGAUUGGGCUUACUAUGACUCCAUUUACACUGAACGCUACAUGAGUCUGCCAAAAUUGAACGAAGCUGGUUACGCGAAUUCUCAACUCACCACACGCGCACAGCGUUUGCGCGGCAAGAAAUUCAUGCUGAUCCACGGCACUCUCGACGACAACGUGCACUACCAACAGGCUAUGGUUUUAGCGAAGAAUCUGGAGAGAUUGGAUAUUCUGUUCAAGCAAAUUAGCUACACCGACGAAGACCACAGCUUGGCCUCGGUGCGCCCGCAUUUAUAUCACUCGUUGGAUCGUUUCUUCGGCGACUGCUUCGGCAACAAGCGCAUGAUGUCGCGCUGGAAUGGCAAAUGAUUGUAUCGUCAUAACAGCAACAACAACAGCAAGAGAACGAACAAACAAGGUAUAUAGCGAAGGCAAAAAGCACGAAAAGAAAAGAAGACAGAAAGCUAAUAUCGGAGUCAGAAAGAUGACUCAACCACAGACAAUAUCGGUGUGAAUUAAAAUUGAAAUUAAUAAUAAUUAGGAAAAAAACAGAAACAACAAAUAACUAGCGGGUGAGAAACACGCGCAAGUGAAAGCACACCAAUAAGUGAAAAAAUAUUCGCAAUUCAAAAAAUGAAGCAUAUGCGUAGGCGAACGAAUUUUUGUACUUAAUAAACAAAUGUAAGUGUAAGCAAUUUU